GAGCGACAUGAACCCCCGGCCGGCGCCGCUGCCUCGCGCCACCCCCUGGCGCUCCCUGCCUUGCCCGCGCGCCGAACUCCGCCUCGAUCUGGUGCUCAGCGGCGGGCAGACCUUCCGGUGGUCUGAAACCAAUCCUGGCUACUGGACUGGUGUGAUUGCGGGACGGGUUUGGACCCUCACACAGUCCGAGGAACAGCUCUGGUACACGUUGCACGAUGAGGAGAAGGAGGAGGACAGGAGGGAAGAAGACGGCCUCUCCGAACCACCGUUGAAGAAAGGCAGGAAGCAGCUGCAGCCCGAGACCAGCCGGGCAGGCGUAAGCGGACGCUCAAGCGGGGAGCAGAUCCGGGGGGUGGAUGGCUUAGACCCGUCGCAGAUCCUCCAGGAUUAUUUCCAGCUCCAUGUCAGCUUAUCUGCAUUGUACCAGGGUUGGUCCUACACGGAUGCCCACUUCCGGAAUGUUGCGGUCAAGUUCCCAGGGGUGCGGGUGCUACGGCAGGACCCCGUGGAGUGCCUCUUCUCUUUCAUUUGCACCUCCAACAACCACCUCUCACGCAUCACCAACAUGAUCCAGCACCUGUGCCAGUCCUUUGGGCGCCGUCUUUGCCAGCUGGACACCAAGACGUACCAUGCCUUCCCCUCCCUUCAGGCGAUGGCAGAGGCAGAUGCAGAAGCCCGGCUGCGUGAGCUGGGCUUUGGGUAUCGGGCCCGGUUUGUGAGCGAGAGUGCCCGCGCUGUUCUGAAGACACUCGGUGGCGCCGCGGGCCUGCAGCACCUGCGCACGGUCUCUUACGAACAAGCCCGGCAUGCCUUGUGCACCCUGCCUGGCGUGGGAGCCAAGGUGGCUGACUGCGUCUGCCUGAUGGCCCUGGACAAGGCCGAGGCGGUCCCUGUGGAUACCCACAUCUGGCAGGUUGCCAAGCGGUACUAUGGCCAAGAACUGGGCUUGGGAGCCCGCAGUGUGACGGAGCGAGUGCAUCGAGAGAUCGGGAACUUCUUCCGGAGCCUGUGGGGACCAUAUGCUGGCUGGGCCCAGGCGGUCCUUUUUUGUGCCGACCUCAAAAAGUACGAGUCUCCGGAUCCAGACGCCAAAUCCCGGUGUGCCAAACUCGCCAAGAGCAGCCCUUCUGUCCUGACAUAAUAACCUCCCUUGUAAACCCCAGUAUAGC